AUGGUGAGGUCUGCAAGUUGUGAAAAAAAUAGUGUGGUCAAAAGGGGUGUAUGGAUCACAGAAGACGAUGGAUCUGGUAAUUGGAAUUCUGUCCCCAAAAAAACAGGUAUAAAGAGGUGUGGAAAAAGUUGCAGACUUAGGUGGAGUAACAACGUGGUUGAUGAUAAGUUAUUCACAUCCGAAGAAGAAGAUCUUAUAGUUAAGCUUCAUGCUGCCAUAGGUAGUAGGUGGUCUAUCAUAGCACAACAACUUCCUGGAAGAACAGACAAUGAUGUAAAGAACAACUGGAAUACAAAGUUGAAAAAGAAACUGUCUCAAAUGGGGAUAGAUCCUGUUACACACAAGCCCUUUUCUAAACUAAUUGCUGACUAUGGAAACAUAGGUGCUAAACAAGACUUCCAGAAUGCCAAUCUUUCACACUUCCAAACCAUUCCAAUAACAAAAAUAAAGAAUAAGGCAAAUAAUGUUGCACCAUUUAGUUGGAAUGACUUUCUUAUACAAGAUGCGUUUGCACCACCACUUACUAAUAACCAAGAUCAAGCGUUAUUUUCAAAGGAUAUUGUGGUGACCAAACUACAAUUACAGAAAAACAAAGAGGUGGUAUCAUCAUCAUCGUCUUCGUCAGACACUUCAUUUGUAGAAGCAAUACUCUAUCAAGAAAAUGAGAUGUUUCUGAGCUUCCCCGAACUUUUGGAGGAACCAUCACAUUACUGA